GUCUUCCUCUGCCGCCCAGGCUGGAGUGCAGUGGUGCAAUCUCGGCUCACUGCAACCUCUGCCUCCUGGGUUCAAGCGAUUCUUCUGCCUCAGCCUCCUGAGUAGCUGGGAUUACAGGCAUGCGCCACCACGCCUGGCUCAUUUUUGUAUUUUUAGUAGAGAUGGGGUUUCACCAUGUUGGCCAGGCUGGUCUGGAACUUCUGACCUUGUGAUCUUCCCGCCUGGGCCUCCCAAAGUGCUGGGAUUACAGGCGUGAGCUACCGCGGCUGGCCAGUUUUAAUAUUUUUAAUUUAACUCAGUAUAUCCAAAAUAGUAUAAUUGUAACAUGAUUAUUAUUUUAAAAUAUGUGAAUUGUUUAAAAAUAUGUGAACAUUCCUGUAAAAUCAAACCUGGGGUGAUAGGACUUGGGGUGUGUCCCUCUCUGGGGUUAGUCAGGGGAAGUAGAAUAAUUACAGGAGCAUUGGAGGUGGCCAGUCAUAGUCCUACCAGGCCAGGACACUGUCACUGCUAUGCUACUGCAUAGUAGGGAAACAAGGCAGAGACAAAACAAUUACAUCAACGUGGAGGUUGUUUGGAGAAGUCCAUGGAUUGUACAUCUGAACUUGAAAUGGCUAGUGGCUAGGCACAGUGGCUCACACAUAAUCUCAGUACUUUGGGAGAGUGAGGUGGGAGGAUCACUUGAGCCCACAGUUCAAGAGCAGCCUGGAGAACAUAGCAAGACCCCGUCUCCACCAAAAAAAAAAAAAAAGGAGGGGGGGAAGAAAUGGCUAAUGAUGCGGGAGACAUUUUUAUCUGAUAGUUUUAGACCAGAUUUUGCUGUUGUAGAUUGCUUCUACCUGUGAAUUCUUUGGCUGUAUUCCCGAGUGAAAUUGGGUCCUACACCCAAGGAGUCAGAAUCCCAUCCAUAUUUGUGGGAAACAAGACCCCUUGCUGGGGAGACUGGUCCACCAGGAGACCCUGUAGCUCAGGGACCUCGGCGCCAGUGUCCCUCCCAAGGCCUGAAGACAUAAGGCCAGCAUGGGCCCUGGCCGGCUGUAUGGGAGUUCAGAGCCAGAACAUGUUGGAAGGUCCCAUACCCCAACUUUUCAGCCAGAGGCUCACACACGCACAUUCAUAGCAAGGUUAAGGGCAUCAGCAGCCAGUGAAGCUGAGCUUCCUCCUCUGGAAAUAGACAGACGGUUGGAAAAAAAACUGAAGAUCACACAAAAAGAGAGCAGGAAAUCCAAAUCUCCUCCCAAAGUGCCCAUUGUGAUUCAGGACGAUAGCCUUCCCGCGGGGCCCCCUCCACAGAUCCGCAUCCUCAAGAGGCCCACCAGCAACGGUGUGGUCAGCAGCCCCAACUCCACCAGCAGGCCCACCCUUCCGGUCAAGUCCCUAGCACAGCGAGAGGCCGAGUACGCCGAGGCCCGGAAGCGGAUCCUGGGCAGCGCCAGCCCCGAGGAGGAGCAGGAGAAACCCAUCCUUGACAGGCCAACCAGGAUCUCCCAACCCGAAGACAGCAGGCAGCCCAAUAAUGUGAUCAGACAGCCUUUGGGUCCUGAUGGGUCACAAGGCUUCAAACAGCGCAGAUAAAUGCAGGCAAGAAAAGAUGCUGCCGUUGCUGCCGUCACCGCCUCCUGGGUCGUCCGCCAUGGGUUGCACUGCUGUGGCAGACAGUUGGACUUGAGCAGAGGGAACGACCUGACUUACUUGCACUGUGAUCCCCCUUGCUCCGCCCACUGUGACCUUGAACCCCAUGCACUGUGACCUUCCCCCUUCUCCCCCUUCCCACUGUGAUUGGCACAUCGACAAGGGCUGUCCCAAGUUAAUGGAAAGGAAAAGAGUGGGGGUUAGGGGAAGGUUGGGGGGACCCACCAAGGACUCAGAGAGUCAGACAGUGCCACUUGGCCACUUGGGGUAAAGCCAGUGCCAGCAAUAACAGUUUAUCAUGCUCAUUAAUUUGGGAUUUCAAAACACAAAUGAAAACUCACACCCACCCACCCCCAAGUGCAUGUCUCCAUCACUUAAAAAGUAAGUUCCAUUUGAAAAUAUCCUUUCUUUUUUUUUCUUCCUAUUUUUGUUUGUUUAUACAAAUAUCUGAUUUGCAAGAAAAAGUGCAUGGGAGGGGUUUUAGUGGUUUAAUGAAUUUUUAAUUAAGAAAGGGUAGUUUGGUAGUCUACUUAAAAAUGUUUCUGGGAAAUUCACUAGAAACAUUAACCAAUAGGAUUUUGGUGAGCUUAGCUUCUGUAUUCCUACUGCCGCCCAGAAAAGGGGCAGGGCUCUGCAGCCGCCAGGACAGAUGAGCACCCCAUGCCUAUACCUCCCUCCCCGAGCUAAGUCCCAGGGCAUCUGGGCCUUGCCUGGAGACUGGGCUAGCUCUGUAGGCUCGGAGAGCCUGGGGAGGGUGCCAACCCCACCUCUAGUAUUUUGGGAGAUAGGGAAAGUGAACCGACUUCCCCUUCCCAUACCCCUCAGGGUGGUUCCCUACCAGCCAGGCUUACUACUUCUAGAAGAGAGCAGAGUGCCAGGGAGUGAGACUGCAUCCCUGGGCUUAGAAGUGAAGGAGAGACGACUUGUUUAGUAUUUUGCCAUCAGCACAAGGAAAACCAGGAGAGAGUCUGCCUCCAGGACUCUGAGCCUUCUGCCUCGUAUGUUCAGAAGGUGGAUAGGUCUUCCCACUCCAGCAUGGCGUGAACUCUUAGGGGUCUGCAGUGCUCCAUCUCCAUUGAUGGCCCCAGCUCAGUAACUAUACCUGGUACAUUUCCUGUGUGCAAUCAGUACCUUGAAGGCAGAACAUUCUGAAUAAAGUUGGAAAAAGAACAGCUUUGCUUUGCAAAGAUUGAUGACAGACUGGUUCCUUAGAGGCCUAGGCUACCCAUCACCACUUUUUCCAGAGCGAGGGCCUGGAAUAAAGGCAGUUUAUCCUCUGUCCCUGGAGCCUGGGGUUUGCUUUGGCUCCUUGAGGUGGAAGAGACUAAGAGGGCAGCUGCCCAGGGCGGCUCUGUGUGUACCUGGCUCCUCUCAGGCUUCCUGAUCCCUUCCGUUGCACUGCGCCUUAUCCCUCAGCCAGCCAGACGACCUCCCUGCUCCUGACCAGCAGAUACGUUUCGGAGUGGUUGGUGUGGUUUUUGUGAUGAGGGCAGCACGUGGUGGCCAAGGUGGCAAGCUGAGUCUCACAGGCUCACUCCACCAUUGGUUCCCUGUGGGAAUGGUAGGCCAGGCCCAGCAAGCCAUGCCCCACCACGUCCUCUCCUCCGGAGGAAGGGCCAGCUGCCAGCUGAGUCAGCAGCUAGUCCAUAGCACAGCCUUAUAACUAUAAAGCCAGGCAUUGCCCAUGAGCAGAGCUGGAACCAGAGCUUCAGUCAGUAAGAGGGAGGAUUACCUUCAGGAGAAGGCAAGGAAGAAAAUUGGCUGCUAUCUUUAUAGUUCCACUGCCCUAACCAAGUGUCCACAUUCUAAAUGUAUAGUGUCCAUCCCUCAUGUAAUAGUGGUUUCCCACCCAAAGUGAGACUUCCUUUUAAUUGGAGAAGGGUAUAGAGGUAGUCCAGGUGGGAAGGCCAGAAGUGCUGGUUGCCCAGCCAUUGGGACCACCUGUUCUUGCCCCACUACCCUCUAGUGGGGGGCCAAAGUAAAGGCUGGCUGGUGGGUGUCUGUGGAUUGAGGAUGUGGCAGGGACUGGUCCUCCCACCUCCCUCUGGCCAAAGAUGGGCUUUGCCCGUUGUGUGCCUGUCACCACCCACCAGCAGUCAUGACCUGGGCUUCCCAAAUGGAGAGGUAGCAGGCAACGUUUUUAAAAAGAAAGAAAACAGGAAACUGUAUUGUGUCGGGGGGAGACGGAAGGGAGAUGAGGAAACGGUUUGGAUUUUGUGUGUGGGAGGGUAUUUUUUUGGGGGUAGUUGUCUAUAACUUUCCUAAGUGCUUUUUUUCCUUUUCUUUUUUAAAGUAAGUUGCAGGCUUUGGCUUGGAAAACCCCAGGGGGAUGGGGGCAGAAACCUGAGGCUGCUGCCCCUUUAUCUGCCUUCACGGUACUGUCCCCUUCCCCCAGUUCCUCCCUGACCCCAUGGGCCAGGCCUCAGACCUUCCAGCUAACCGCUUCCCAUGAGCCACUACUCUGAUGUCAGCCUAUAACCAAAGGAGCUGGGGGGUCCAGGCCUGGUGACCAACCUUUCUCAGCCCACUCAAUCAGGGUGCUCCCCACCUGCAGGCAGGAGGCAACACCCUAUCUGCUACCAUCAGCCCCUUCCAGAGCCCAUCUGCCCCGCCCAGCCCUGCCCUGCCCUGCCCAGCCCAGCCAUACCCUGCUCUGCCCCAUCUGGGGGUGCCCUGCUCAGGGAUGGGCUGGCAGGGCUGUACCCAGCCUCCCUGGUAAGCAGAGACUCAAGAAACCUCUGGGGUCCUGUUUUCUGGUCGUGUGAUCCCAGGGGUGCACAUGGGCCCCUUGGGUGUCUGAACAGAAGGGCAUGGGAGGGAGGGCCGCACCCCUGCAGUCUUACUCUGCUGGUGUAGCGGGCAGCUGCCUACUCCCACCCCACCCUGCACCGCGGGCUCCUGAAUCGGCAGAUUAAGCAUUUUAUAAAUUGUAUUUUAAAUACAUGUUUUAAACUUGUCA